CAUCUGCAACAAUUUUUUCUGCUCUGACAUCUCUGUCUUCGAUUGUCCCUUCCUGUGAAAUGAAUUCAUGUUAUGACGAAUUUGUCAUAGGAAUAAUCAAGCUACAACUUUUUUUUCUUGGCCAGAAAUCAAGCAGCAAGCUCAUUGAACGUAGCAUAAUUAGCUCUUGCUUGCGAGGCAAAAUCAAACUUCGGAGACCGGCAAAAAAAAAAAACAGAGAGAGAGAGAGAGAGAGAGAGACAGAGAAGAAAAAAGCACCUAGAGGUGGUAGAAAACUAGAAAUAUGCAGAAAGAAAUCCUCAUAGAAUUUGACGUCUGAACAGUAUAUAGCGGAGUCGAUGGGGACUAGCUUGGUGAGAUGCUCUCCUGGUAACGCUUUAUUUAGAACGCUCAAACCUCCAAAUUCAAAGAUUUUCCGAUUCUCUUCCAUGUCGGUUCGCUACGGUCAGACUACAUUUCAACUACAUAUACCCAUCGUUUUCACUUCUGCGAAAUAUGGAUCGAAUUCUAGUAGGAGGGCAUAUGAUGCUUUGCUGUUGGACGCUGGAGGUACGCUUUUGCAAUUGGCAAAACCAGUUGAGGAGACUUACGCUUCAAUUGGAAGAAAAUAUGGUUUGAUCGUAACACCAGCUGAGAUAAAGCAAGGCUUUAGGAGAGCAUUUGCUGCUUCAUGGCCUGAAAACCUACGUUACCAGGGAGAUGGGAGGCCAUUUUGGAAGCUUGUAGUUUCUGAAGCCACAGGUUGUGCUAAUGAAGAUUACUUUGAGGAAGUUUAUGAGCAUUAUGCAAAUGGUCAUGCGUGGCAUCUUCCAAAUGGGGUUCAUGAAACAAUUUCCCUUCUCAAGGAUUCCGGAGUUAAGAUGGCUGUUGUUUCCAAUUUUGACACUCGCUUAAGGAAGCUCUUGAUGGAUCUUAAUGUAUUAAAUCUGUUUGAUGCUAUCAUUAUAUCCUCGGAAGUUGGAUAUGAAAAGCCAGAUCCAAGAAUAUUUCAGGCUGCUUUAGAUCAAGUUAAAGUAGAGGCAAGUAGAGCCUUACACAUAGGGGAUGAUCAAAAGGCAGAUAAAUUAGGGGCCAAUGCAGUUGGAAUAGAUUGUUGGUUAUGGGGAACUGAUGUGAAGACAUUCUCUGAUAUAAAAAGCCGCAUUCUCAAUUUGGAGCAUAGUUUUCAACUAUAGAAGCAGUGCUUGGGAAUUUUGUUUUAGAUCAAGUUUGUCAUGUUAUAUAUCCACUUGAAUUUCUUUUGCAUGUUGCAGCGGUGCAAUGAAAUGACAGUGAACAGCCACCAAAUGAAUCCCUUUGUCCGAAAGUGCAGACAUUUCUUUUUUUGUUUUUUUUUUUGGUUCUUUUUUAAAGCAGCUAUUAUAGCAGCAACCAAAUUUGCAAUACAUAACACGAUGGAAAUUCUCCACAAGUACUGAAUUGCUAUUUCUUUGAAAGUAAUAUUACUGUCAGAGUGUCAUUGGCUUUACAUAAAA